AUGGAUAAUAUCGGGGAUAUUAUAGAGCAGGAGCCCAUCGGUGAGACUCUCAUCGUGGAAACGGAUGACUCGUCGUCGAAUAAUGUCGUAACGCGAUCCCAUCAUCAUCAUUCGCAUCACGGAAAUCACGGUACUGUCGUCAUGAUUGGUGCCGUGCCACUCGUAACAACAGCAACGACCGUAACAAACCAUCAUCAUGGCUCGUCGUCGUCGUCGGCAUCUCGUCGUCACAUUGUGGAAUAUCGCGAAGUUGGCGACAAUAUUGUCGAGCAGCGAACAAGGAUAAUUUCCGCUCGCACAGCCCACGGCUUGGAAUUGCUCAAAGGAGGCGGUGGCGGCGGAAGUACGACAGUAUCUCCGACAAAUGACGGCGACUUAAUUAGUACAAAUAACAGCGAGGAUUUGUCGUCGACAGACGAGGUAGAAAUUAGUCUGGAGCAUAGUAGCAAGCAAGAAAUAUUAUCUGUGAUUGUGCAACCGCAGGAGGAUUCGCGUGACAGCCAGUUACUGAGUCCGGGCAAACUGACGCCCACGUCAUCCGAAAUUAUCGACACAGAUUUUCGGAAUCACCUGAACGAGCCGACAUACCAAACGUUGACAUCUGUCAAUGGGGGUCGCAUGUCGCCACCCGGUUUCAGUCCGAGUUCAUCGUAUGCCACAUUGACGCCGUUGCAACCCUUGCCCCCGAUCUCGACAAUGUCGGACAAGUUUGCGUACGGAGGACACGGAAGUAACAGUAGUUUCCAAAACAAUAAUAUGAACAUAAAUUUAGGCCUUAAUGUAAAUUCCCCCUAUCACUUUGAUAAGCUGCCUUCAAUUGGUAUUUCACCGCCACACAGUUACUCGUCGCCCACGAAUCUGGGGCUGCAGCAACCGAGCCCGCUCUCGCCGCAGAGCAGCUUCAGUCAAACGGAGAUACAGUCGCCGGCGAAGAGCAUGUCGCCCAAUGGCUACGAGUCGCCCUACAGUCAUCGCGACAUGAUGCGAAAUAACCUACAGAGUCAAAGUCCGCAACUUUCGCCGCAAGAAAGCUCUUUACAUUCGCCGGGCGGCACGAAUUUCUGCUCCAGCAGUUUAAGCAUGAACGGAGGCUUACCCUCGAUGGGAUCCCAUCCGCAUGACGGUACGCCGCCAGGUCUCGUGCAAAUCUCCCAAAUGCAUCGCGAUGUGCCGCCCCAGUCGCCGUCGCCGCCUUUGCUCGCCAUUCAACAGUCGCAAGUGCAUCAACAUCUCCUCACAACGCAACAACAGCAGCAGCAGCAGCAGCAACAACAAACGCAGCAGCAGCAACAGCAAACAAACAAUGUCAAUGCAUCAUCAUUAAAUUUGACAAACGACGUGGAAGAGAUUAACACGAAAGAUUUGGCUCAACGGAUAAGUGCGGAACUCAAGCGUUACAGCAUACCGCAAGCAAUAUUCGCGCAACGAGUUCUCUGUCGUUCGCAAGGAACGCUCUCUGAUCUUCUGCGGAAUCCGAAACCUUGGUCGAAGCUAAAGUCGGGGCGAGAAACCUUUCGACGGAUGUUUAAAUGGCUGCAGGAGCCUGAAUAUCAGAGAAUGUCAGCGUUGCGACUUGCAGCGGCUCAAAUACCUCAACGUGGCAAUAAUAUUCAUACAUCGGGUGUCGUGAAGAGAAAAGAGGAGCAAAUCCAACACGAUCAUAUGCCGAACCAGAAGAAACCGCGAUUGGUGUUUACGGAUUUGCAGCGUCGUACUUUGCAAGCGAUCUUUAAAGAAACCAAACGUCCCUCAAAGGAAAUGCAAGUAACAAUAGCACGUCAAUUAGGCUUGGAACCGACAACCGUUGGUAACUUCUUCAUGAAUGCCCGUCGUCGUUCGAUGGACAAGUGGAAAGAUGACGAUCCAAAGUCCAGUCAAUGCGGCAUGUCGCCAAAUUCGCGUCAAAUGGAAUUCGAUGAUGACGACGACGACGAUCUAGAUCUCGAUUUAGCGAAUGACAGUGACAUGGACUCGUCCGUCGAUCAUAACCAUCACAAUCGCAGUCACGAUUCCGAUUUGAUGUGACACGAAUUCGCGAGCAAUGAUUACUAUUCGGGAGGCGGGGGAAAUGCGGGCAAUGCCGGCACAGAUGAGGACUUGAACAACUUGGAUGACAUGUACGACACGAAAAAUAACUACGACUUGUACAGUAAUUCGCAAUUUUCCGAACAAACGGUUAUGAUGAAUCAUCAUCAGCAGCAGCAGCAACAACAUCAGCAUAGCAAGAGAUUCAAAGAGGGAAAUUUUCAACAGCAGCAGCAAAUACAACAUCACGGUGCGUUAAUGUCCGAUCAUAUCGCGAGCGGCGGCGCACGAGACAGCGAUCUAAUUGAUGAAUUGCAUUUUAAUGGCGAUGGCGGUGACCAAAUUAAUAGUAAUAAUAGUAGUAAUGAUAUUCCUAGAUGCAUUAGACAUAGUAAUGAUACAAAUAAUAAUAGCUUAAAUAAUACAACAUCAACUAGAAGCACUGAUAGUAUAAAUGGGCAAUAACAAUGGAUAUAUGCAAGAAAACACAGACAUCUAUAACAUAAUUUGUAGUGAAAAAUCAACCAAAAAAAGUAGCAACUAUAGUGUUUUAGAGAGACUUAGAAAACAAAAAUUAUUGUACCUAUAAAAAAAGACAAACAAAUCGGGAAAAUUAUAGAAAACCUUCACAAAUUCCGUAAUGUACAACGUUACCUGUACCCUUCAUAUUUACCAACAAAAAUGAAAAAAAAAAUCGGAUAAACUAUAU